AGUCUGCGUCUCUACCACAGUGUUUAAAUAAAACCUCUUUGAUAAGAUGCCAUAUGAGCAGAGAUCUGAAUAAAGCAAGAGGCUAGCCAUGCAGAUAUCUGGAGAAAGAGCAAUAAAGGCAGAGAAGCACUCACAGGCAAAGGCCCUGAGGCCGUGAGAUUCUGUGGGCCUACAGGAUUCAGCGGGAUGGUUCUUCUGCUCACGUGAUGUCAUCUGGGGGGCUCCAGUGCGCUAGAACAUCCAGGAUGACUCACUCCCAUGAUGCUGUCCGACACGGUGUGGGCUGCAAGUGUGGCUGGGACUGUCAACCGGAGCACCUACAUGUGGCCUCUCCAUGUGGCUUCUUCAGCAUGGGGACUGCCGUCCAAGAGGAGACUUUCCACAACCCCUAGCACAAGGAGAGACAGAAUGGACGCUCAAGGCAUGAAGGCGUGUUUAUGCCAUGGUCCCUGAUGAAGCUUGGAGAGGUGCAGUGACUUUCCCAAGACCACACAGCAAAUGUGGACGAAAUCAAGGUUGUGGGCACAUGACGAAGAAUGAAGUAAGCCCAGCUGCCUGGAAGGCCUGCCUCGCUGGGGAGAUGGGCCACAGGGCACACACUGCCCAGGGCAUAACGAAGGGGAUCCAUGAUGCCGAGCUGCGACCGUUCCUGUGUCUGCAGCCGUGGCCCCAACGUGGAAGAUGGCAAGUGGUACGGGGUCCGCUCCUAUCUGCAUCUCUUCUAUGAGGACUGUGCAGGUACCGCCCUCAGCGAUGACCCCGAGGGGCCUCCUGUCCUGUGCCCCCACCGACCCUGGCCCUCACUGUGUUGGAAGAUCAGCCUGUGCUCGGCGACCCUGCUUCUGCUGCUGGGUGUGGCGGCCCUAACCACUGGCUAUGCGGUGCCCCCCAAGCUGGAGGGCAUCGGAGAGGGGGAGUUCCUGGUGCUGGAUCAGCGGGCAGCCGACUACAACCAGGCCCUGAGCACCUGCCGCCUGGCAGGCACGGCACUCUGCGUGGCAGCUGGGGUCCUGCUGGCCAUCUGCCUGUUCUGGGCCAUGACGGGCUGGCUGAGCCAGGACACCAAGGCAGAACCCUUGGACACCGAAGCUGACAGCCAUGUGGAGGUCUUCGGGGAUGAGCCAGAGCAGCUGCUGUCCCCCAUCUUCCGUGAUGCCAGGGGCCAGUCUUGGUUCUCGCCCCCUGCCAGCCCCUUUGGGCAAUCCUCUGUGCAGACCAUCCAGCCCAAGCGGGACUCUUGAGGGGCCCACAUGGCCAGAGGAGACACCAGACCCAGGUUCUGGACGCGCCCUCCUCCCCACUCCCUCUGUCUCCUUCACUUCUCCCUUUCAGCAGGGCCCCUUCCAUCUAAAUCCCCAGGAGGCCCCACUCCAGGUCAGAAAGCCUGGAAGUCACCUCUCCGUGCCCCUUCCCAGGGGGAGGGCCCCACUCAUCCAAGAUGCCAGCCUUCCCCACGUCCUCCUAAAACCGCAGCCACCCCUCCUUCCCAAGCCCUUUAGGGGCAGAAAGUGUCUCCCUCCACCCACCCCGGCUCUCCUCUCUGUGACUCUGGGCAAGCCCCUUCCCCUCUGAGACCGCCAGCCCCUGCCUCUGCACUGCGAGGUUUGGACCAGAUUCCAGAGUUCCCUGCCUUUCCUGUUCCCCCAAGAUACAAGCAUUACCCUCCACAGGCCAAGAUGGAGCAGGGGAAGCCGGUCGUUCUCAUCCCUGACCCUCCCUCUCUCCACGAUGCCUCAGGAUGGAUCAAAGAUGCUCCCUUGGACUUCCCCCCCAGGAUGUGUGAAAACGUGUAUCCCCUACAGUACAUUUGCUACAUGCAUUUUGGUGUCAGAGGCCCUCCGUGCACCCCAUCAAGGGCUGUAGCCCCAGUUUACAGAUGAUGCUGCUGAGGGAGGCCGGCGGGUGGUCCGCAGGAACUCGGACCCACAUCUUCAGUGUCCUCCUGGGCCAGCUCUUUUCAGAUGGAGCAGGGCUCUGCACCUUCCUGGUUUACAGGGUCCCCCAGGCGUGGGGGACAGAUUCAGUCCAGAGAGACUACCUGGAGGCCUGAUGGUCCCUUGUGGCUGGGAAGAUAUUUUGGACACGCAUUUAAAUGAUCUCUAAGAGCCAGGGGGCAGGCGAACAGGGUGUAUUUGCUCCUCAAAGUCCACCCACCUAGAAACUGUCACCCAUGGGUCCUGACCUUACGUGUAACAAAUGUGCCUCCUGCAGACGCCAGCCCCUCCAUCCUGCAGGCUGCCCAGCCCCAGGCAUCAUCUCCGUUCUCCACCACUAGGGGGAGCUCCAAGACAGCGGGAGAGGCGCCCUUGGACGACCCCCCCCCCCCCCCCCAACCCCCGCGUCAGUGUCACCACCAGCCUGGAGGGGCCUCCUGGGAGGGUCCUCAAUCCGCCCCCACCAGGAGGCCCUGCUGCCCUUGUGCACCCCGCCAUCCUGCACCCCUUCCAUCCCACCUCCCCCUUCAAUAAACGCUGGGAUGGGC